GGGCUAUUCUUUCUCCAGCCAACAGUUUGUUACUCGCAUAUGUACACAACCGACCUGGCUACCUACCUACCGCUACCUUGGCCCAGUUUCAAGGCCCCUUCCCCCGAAACGCUGGCUAAUUGCCCACUCGGUUCUUUGCCCACUCGGUUCUCUCUCCCCAAGGGAUAGUAUGUACAACAUCUUCCUCCCCCUCUUGUCUUUUCUUCUUCCGGUAUGCCACCUAAUUACACGAUGCAGGAAAUUGAAACCCUGGGCAGGCUAUGCUUCAUUCAUCCAGGCCAAUGACUCGUGUCAAGCAGAGACCCCAGCCCCGAUAAAAGCGCGAUGCCGUGGCCGUGCCACUAGAUGGGGGACUGUCCUCCCAACCAAGUGGACUAGAUAACAUAAUGUCGGACACCACCUGAUGCCGCCAGCAAUAUCGCUUGCAGACCCAACCCAGGAUAUGAUUGGUACCCGCCUCUAAGC